AUGCCGGCAGCUCAUUUACUCUAUCCAAUUUCUCUCUGGAUUAAGAAGACUACUGAAAAGGAGAUUUUUGAUGAUGAGGAUGAGGAAGAGAAGAAGGAUGAGGAGGGUAAAGUUGAAGAUGUGGAUGAAGAUAAGGAGAAGGAGGAGAAGAAAAAGAAGACCAUUAAGGAAGUAUCUCACGAGUGGUCAUUGGUGAACAAGCAGAAGCCUAUUUGGAUGAGGAAACCUGAAGAGAUUACGAAAGAAGAAUAUGCUGCUUUCUACAAGAGUGUUACCAAUGAUUGGGAAGAGCAUUUGGCUGUUAAGCACUUUUCUGUUGAGGGUCAGCUGGAGUUUAAGGCUGUCCUCUUUAUCCCCAAGAGGGCACCUUUUGAUCUCUUUGACACCAGGAAGAAGCCUAACAACAUCAAACUGUAUGUUCGCCGUGUCUUCAUCAUGGACAACUGUGAGGAGCUGAUGCCUGAAUAUCUUAGCUUUGUUAAGGGUAUUGUGGAUUCUGAGGAUCUUCCUCUCAACAUUUCUAGAGAAAUGCUGCAGCAGAACAAGAUCCUGAAAGUCAUCAGCAAGAACUUGGUCAAGAAGUGCAUUGAGAUGUUCUUUGAAAUUGCUGAGAACAAGGAAGACUAUAACAAGUUUUAUGAAGCCUUCUCUAAGAACCUGAAACUUGGUAUUCAUGAGGAUUCUCAGAACAAGACAAAGCUAGCUGAAUUGCUCAGGUAUCACUCCACUAAGAGUGGUGAUGAGAUGACCAGCCUCAAGGACUAUGUUACCAGGAUGAAGGAAGGACAAAAUGACAUCUACUACAUUACUGGUGAAAGCAAGAAAGCUGUCGAGAAUUCCCCCUUCCUUGAAAAGCUUAAGAAGAAGGGGUACGAGGUUCUCUACAUGGUUGAUGCUAUUGAUGAGUAUGCUGUUGGUCAGCUUAAGGAAUUUGAGGGAAAGAAGUUGGUCUCUGCUACCAAGGAAGGCCUAAAACUUGAUGAGAGCGAAGACGAGAAGAAAAAGAAGGAAGAUUGGCUGCUUAACUUCUAG